AUGCCUGACGGAACUUGGAUUUUGGGUGAUCUCUUCACAAAGGAGUACGGUCACCGCGGUAGCAUCCAAAAACUAUGGGAACAACGCUGGAAGUUUCCCUGUACCAAAGGCGUCUAUCCAUUCCACGACGGAAAGUUUGAGGAUUUUGAGCCCAUUUUCAAGCACCUCAUCGACAACAACAUCAACGAUCCUUACGAAGAUGCAUACACCAACGCCUUUCUCCCCACCGCCCAAAGACUAGCCAAAGAAGCCCAAGACAUGGAAUCCAAGGACAAAGAAGCGGCAAGAAAGCUAUACCUAAACGCCAACGCCGUCUACAGACUCUCCCGCUUCCCCUACAUCGGCACAGAUCUCAAGAAGCAGGUCUUCGAAGAGCAAAAAAGCGUCUACCUCCGCGGCACCAAACUCUGGGACGAGCCCAUGCUCGACAUCUCCAUACCGCAUACCCACGCCUCCAACGGUGACGGGCCCCAAAUCCCCGUUUACGUUCGAAAACCCGGGGGUGAUGGUCCUUUUCCUACGGUCCUGCUGAUAACAGGCCUCGACGGCCACCGCCCCGACAACACCGAACGCACCCAAGAACAUUUAAACCGCGGCUGGGCCACCGUCCUGUGCGACAUCCCCGGCACAACCGUCGAUUGCCCCGCUAACAGGCGUGACCCUUUAUCCUCUGACCGUCUUUUCUCCAGCAUUUUGGAUUGGAUUGCCCAAACCCCUUAUCUCGAUGCCAAAAAGGUGCUUGCGUGGGGCCUGAGUGCAGGCGGCUACUACGCCAUCCGUCUCGCACACACGCAUCGUGAGAAGUUAGUGGGCAGCGUGGGACACGGCGCUGGAACACAUCACUACAUUGGACGGGAGUGGCUGGCGCAGGUGGAGAAGCAUGAGUACCCCUUUGGCCUCGAAGAGGCUUACAGACAAAAGUACGGGUAUGCGUCGUUUGAGGAGGUGAUGGAGAAGUGUCAGGAUGAGUUUAGUCUUGUCACGGGCAAGGGCGAGGGCGUGGCGGUUGUAGGGGCGGGGAUGCAAAGUUGUAGGUUGUUGCUGGUGAAUGGCGUAUUGGAUGGGUGUAUGCCCGUCGAGGAUAGUAUGUUGCUGGCGGAAUAUGGAAGUCCCAAGGAAAUGAGGUUUUUGAGGGAGAGACUGCAUAUGGGGUAUCCCGAGGCGAAUGCUACAGUGUAUCCGUGGAUGGAGGGGGUUAUGCGGGCGUCGUGA